GUCACUUUAGAAAUCAAACUGCGCUUCAAUCUACCGCGUCCGGUUGUAGGAUUUCUUUGUUUUUAUUUUUCUAAAUAAAUGUAAUACAUCUGUGCAGUUAUUUAUUUUCGUCAUGAAGAAGGGAUAUAAAGUAACCGAUGUUAAAAGAGAGAAGAAAAUAGGCGUUGCUGCUGAAAAUGUGGAAGAGUUAGUCGCAAAAUCAUGUAAAAAGUUAGGGUUCAAUGUCAGCUGCGCGGAUUGCCGGCUCUUCGUAGCGGAGGACGGGACUCAAGUGGAUGACGAUGACUAUUUGGCUACACUGCCCCCACAGACACUUUUCAUACUAUUAAAAAAUACUGAAAAAAUGGUCACUGACUUUGACUACUACUACGAAAUGAUCCGGUCUCAGAAGAAAGAGUACAUUGACACAGGAGCUGCAGCCAAGGAGUUCCUUAGUACCAACCUCAAAGAGAAGUUCAAAGUGUUCCAGAAGUAUAUUGCAGCUGGUGAUGAUGCCAAGACCAUGCUGAGUGAGAGGGCACAGGAUCCUGGCUGGUUUGAAGGUUUAGAAUUGUCAGAGAAAACAAAAGAACAGUCGAUGUCAAAACGCGUGAAGGAACGGAUGCGCGGUUAUUACUACAAGACCAAGACUGCCUUACAGUCGUCCGACAUCUACAUACACUCGAAGAAUGGUAGAGGUAAGAAACUCAUUGACCAGUUCUUAACUGAUUUGCGCAACAUACUUGAUUCCCACAAGUACAAUGAGACAUACUUCAACCGCAAAGCCAAUAAGAACGCUCGUAUAUGUGACGAACGAGGCCUCUUCCAAUGUGGCGGCCUCUGGAGUGCGGACAAAUGCCUCUACGAAGGCGAACACGUCAUCAACCCAUACCGGAGCCGCGAAGAACGCAUUAUAUUCCAAACAUGGAAUCUCGACCAUAAGAUUGAGCUAUCAAGGUCUAUUAUCCCAAAAAUUUUACAAGCAAUUGAUGGGUUGUACAGCGGUGAUAUUAAGUGUAUGUUAUGUGAUAAAGGUUCGAAGGUAGGUGGGAUCGAAGCUGAUAGGUAUUUCUUGCAAAUAUUUACGCGGGAGAAUCUCAAGCUGGUGCACAUCGUGUGCCACUACAAAGGGAAGCAUGAUGCAGAGUCUGGUGUUUACACUCUCUGUAAGAAGUGCUAUGGAGGCCAAAGCAUUGAGUAUAAUUAAA